CUUGAUCUUGACCAACGCGUUCCAGUUCGUGGGAAAAUUCUGCAGACAAUUUCUCUUCUGAGUUGCAGCAAUCCACACCUGAGAAAGAGGUUUUCUAUCAUACAGCCAUCACACUUCUUGCCGGAAUCUCAGAGCUUACCCAGCUUGAGUUUUUUUCCCUCUGGGAAUUGAACACUGUCCAGGUGGUUUGCAAGCCCCCUCCUUUCCUAGGGGGUGUGAGAGAACUUCACCCACGAUGGGAUCGCUUCUACCGGUUACUGUGUAUUGCAUCAGCCUGUUCUCCCUGCCCCAGCUGCUGGCACUUCCAGUGGGAAGCCGACUGGAGAGGACCAGGUCAGAGUUGAUGAAAAGAUUCCAUCAGCUUGAAUCAAAUGUUGCUGAUACAAAAAUUGCCAGCUCCAUGGCACCUCUUGACAGCACGGCUCUAUGGCGGGCACUUCUCAUCAAACAUCCUCCCUCAUCAAAUCUGGGUGCGACGCAUGACUCUGCCACCCUGACUCAAGUGGCAGGAGCAUCUGCACUGGAGUUGGGCGAGACAAGGCACAAACGGUCAAGAGGUCGUCGCCACGUCCAUGCUGGAUCAAGAGCUCAUCACCACCAGCACCACGCCCAGCUGAUGCGUGUCGGGUGUGUUCUUGGCACAUGCCAAGUGCAAAAUCUCAGUCACCGCCUCUACCAGCUCAUUGGUCAAAGUGGACGUGAAGACUCCUCCCCCAUUAACCCUCGUAGCCCACACAGUUAUGGAUGAGCUGCAGUUGGAAUCUAGCUCAAAAGCAAAUUACAACAAUGCCGCAAUCUCGUCUUUGUCUUCAUGUUCUUUCGAUUUCCAAAAUAGCCAUUGAGUUAGAGAUUGAUGUAGUGCUAUUUUCCCUCCUAAAUUUCCCACUUCUGCAACCAUUAUUUUGUUCUUGUAGACGGAAUGGAUCUUAGUUACUCACACAACUUACUCUGAACUCCUCAGUUUUUCAAUGCCCCGAUGACAUGGACUCCAACUCUUUCCAGGUCUUUUUUUUCUGCUUUUCUUCAGGCGGUUGCAAAGCUGAGACAUUCCACGUUGACACUGUGAUGCUGUUAUUGACGCUUCACUGGCCUUCCUCUCACCACAACAGCAGUGGACAGUGGCCUUGUUGGUAUAAUAUCAAAUGACCACACACCUCUCCCAAAACACUGGCCAACUUUACUGAACACUGUGAGCUUCUACACCUUUGAUCAAACAUUUAAGCCUUUAAUGUGGAUUUCAACUAAAAGCGUAGUUGGAUUGCUGUCAAACUCAAGGCAUGUACAAAUCUUGUCAGGCACUGCACCCUCUCACCUCUGUUCCACACUCCAUACUCCCAAGGUGCCUUUCCAAGAGGAUCUGUCCAGACAGCUUAGGAGAAUAAUUUUGAGAAUGAUUAACUGGGGCAGCCUUAAGGUCUUCAAGUAUAAGACCACCAGCCAAUAACUCAAGCUGUUCAGAGCCAGCUGACGACCCCAGCACUCAGUUUAAUUGACCCUCUCAAGCACUGUGUUGUACUAAGCAUGACGAGCUCCACAUAUGACUGGGCAUUACCAAGACGGAACAAUGACUCUUCAACAGACACAUCCAACAAGAUCCAAUUUCUCGUGAGGGUGAACAUACUAGCCUAUCGGUUUGAUCCCCUCAUAUUGUACACUAGCAUGACUUGAUGUUAAAUCUUAAUAAGUUCACUAGUGUGGUCGAGGAGUCCAAAUCAGAAAUACUAAAUACUUCACCUGAUUCAUAAAUUCUGUCCUGAGUGUUCAUUGACAGCUGUGUAAUGACUCAGCUGUAGUUCUCUUAGCCGUUACAGUUUGAGUCGUGGCAAUCUUCGCAUUAAAACAAUCUUGCUGAGGUUGGCUGAAAUUCACAAUCAAAGAAGGUUUUCCUAAUCUUUCCCUGUAAGUGACCAUGACACAUGCAGACACCCAUACUAAGGUCAAAGGCGGUUAUGGAUCCCCUAAUGUCCACAAGAUAUACUCGUGCUCACCGAUGUUUAAUACGGCAUUGAACUUUGUUUUAAUAGUUAUUUAUGUUAUUUAUUAGUAAAACAGUCUUAUACAAAGGCAUACCUAAAAAUUAUUUAUUAUUUAUUGAAUUUCAUGGCACUACUGUUAGCAUGUUAAAUGUAUUUACAUGAGUGUAAUGUCAAUGGUACUGUUACAUUAAGGGUUUUUUGUUUGUUUAUUUGCUUUUUUUUUUUUUUUUUGAAGAUAAUAGUUCAGCCAUAAUUUCAGAAGAGAGUAUGCCAAAUUUCAAAUCUGUUUGCAAGAUAUCAUAAAGACUCUUAAAAAAGUAUGUCUGAAUUCGUGGGCGUAUGCUUAUUCUAAAAAUUCUUCUAGACUUCCUCUUUGAGGCGUUUACAGAAUGGCCCUUAAAAUGGCUUACCACAACAGUCCUGAAAUAUACAACACAAUGUUUCCAUGGAUUUUAGGUCUAUGACCUUGUGGCCCAAUGCAUUGAGACAAACUACGUGUUUUAUACCUUCAGUAUUGAAGGACUGUAUAGUUAAAGUAAUCCCAAAAAGCUCAGAUGAACAUGAAAUGUCCAUUACAUACCAGGCUCUAGUGAAAACACAUACAGGCCAAGAACUACUCUAUAAAAAACCCAGCUGUGCAGCAAAUAGAAGCCUUAAUAGUUUUACAGUAUAUAUAACUAAGGUAAAGUAAUAUACAAAGCAUGAUUCAGCAUGAACUAAUGUGAUUUUUUUUUUUUUUAUUUCACCUGAUCCAAAAAAUAAUACACCUUUGGCAUUCGCACGUUUUUUUUUUCUUUCUUUUUUUUUUAAUCAAAAAACUUUAUUAAUGACUACAUCUGGCUGAAAAUCAACCAAAUACCUGAGGAUACUUGACUUUCAUUUUUUCACUUUUGAUUUCUUUCAUACUUUACUCCUUGUCAGUCAUCAAUCUCUCUCAUUGGCCAACAUAGACCUAAUCUUUGCAUUGCUCUACUCUUAAUCAAUAUUUCUUCGUCAAGCAAGUCAUUUUGAUUCUCUCGCUUGUUCAUGGUUGUUUCCACCAUGAUCAUGAGGGUUUGCUAGUUGUAAUCUCUGGUGCCUCUGUGCUUUAAGGUUAAUCUGUUCAAAAGCUUUCUGAACACAUACCAUUCUCUGCUGUAAUGGAUCUAAUCAAUGUCUCAUGACUAAUAAUUAAAAUGCUUUUAAAAUGCUGAGAAUCUGUUGAAUCUCUAUUUUAUUGAAGUAUCCAGCCUGUAUGUGUGUAUGUAUAUAGACUUAAUACUAACUCACCAGCCAUAUUCCAACAGCUCUGUCCUUUUGUUUUUACCCAUAGUAAAAUUUUGGACAACGUUUUCAGUGUUGUAAAAUCUUAGUAACAUGGAUUUUUGCGUAAGCUCUGCGUCACAGCCUAGUCCUGGCCAUUCUCAGUAGCUCUGUGUUUGUUUGAGAUCUCUGUGGGUCUACGUAUCCUGGUAGCUUAUUGUUAAGACCUUUGCUCCCUUUAAACCCCCCGCUGUUCGUUAGGAAAAAUACAUCAGUUUCACACAAAUGUGGCCACCCUCUUCAUUCCCUGUUUUCUUAACUUUUUACUGCCUCUGUAUUGUGAAGAAUUCAUGUAAUGUAGGCAUGCACUAAAUGAUCAGAAAUGUUUUGGUGAUUAUGAGAUAUUUUAGGUAUUUUCAGUUAUCCUAGUCUCUUUGGUUACACUCCAAAAAUGCUUGUUCCGUAUGCAGGACGUCAGUUGUGUUUUAACCACAAAACAAAGCACUUUAUAAGAAGUACAUGCAAAGUCUUGAACUUUGAAUGGUGUAAUUUAACUAUUUAACUUGAGUUGUAUAUACUUUAUCUGUAUAAAUAUACUUUAAGAGAUGUUGGUUUUCCAAGUAUGACUUGGGAACAUAAUCAGUAUUACACAUAAUAUGUGACUAGUAGUUGUGAUAUUUAAUUAAUGUUUGUACGUUGUAUUUAUAUAUCUAAAUGUCACCAAAGAUACUAUUUAUCAAAACAACAAUGUGCUGCACUUCAAAGGUGCCUUUUGGGUAGGACAGAAAAGCAUUCCUGAAAAUCUGCAUUCACUUACAUGUCACCCUCAGCUUAUGUCCUUUACUCUCUGUUAAAUAAACAAUUACACCAUAGAGA